UCCAGCUCGUCGCACACACAACAUGGCGAUGCCGACCGCCCCAGCCGCAUGGCGCGAAGAGAUCUCGGAAGAGAAUCGAAAAGGGAUGAUCACCGACAUGUAUCACGAGCUCCUUCGUAUCUCGGGCGAAAGUGACAAACAAAAGGUGUGGCGGUCCGCGGCCAAGUUUGAGCUGAUGCUAUGGACGCAGUCGACGGAUCAGAUGACAUACAUGUCGAAGCUGCAAAAAAAGAUUGCGAGUCUCAAGAAAAAGGUCCAACCCGAUGGGGGGUUGCCACAACAGCAGCAGCAGGUUCCAUCUCAACAGGUUGCCAUGAACCCCCAAGCGCAAGCUCAAAUGGCGGCGGCGGGCAUGUUCCAAAACUCCGUCAACAUGACCAACGCGGGGAUGACCAACGCAAACAACGCCGCCGCGAUGCAACAGUACAGCCAGACCCUGUUCCUGCAACAGCAAGCGGAACUGUUGAAAAAACAGCAAGAACAGCAGCGCCUGUCCAAUUUGGCCCGCCAGCAGCAGGCACAGCAAGCUGUGGCUGCCGCCCAAGCCGCUGCCGCGCAAGCAAAUCAAGCCGCGCAAGCUGCUGCCGCUGCCUCGACCGCUUCGACCUCCACCCCCGCCACCGGCAAUCCACUGGCCGCCCAACAACACCAGCCUCAAGUAUUGAUGCAGCUGCAGCAGCAGUACCAGCAGCAAAAGCAGGCGUUGACAACUGCACAACACAACGAGAUGCAGCGGCUGCGGCAGACCCAAUUGCUCCAGCAGAACCAGAUUUCCACGCAGCAGCACCAGACAAACGUGCCUCAGGAAGCUCGCGUGAACCAGAUGACUCAACUACAGCAGCAGCACCUGAAUGCCCGCAACAAGCUCACGACCGAGCACAAAGCCAAGCAGUCGCAGCUCCUCCGGCAGCACCAGCAGACGUUUCUCCAGCAAAAGGCCAUGUUAGGCCAUCAUCCUGCCAUGACGACCAACCCCCCCGCCGCCGCCGCGUCGACCCCUUCCACGGCGGCACCCCCCCCCGGACACAAUCCGUCGAUGGCCAACCAGGGGGGGGGAGUGACUCCCGCGCAAGCCCUCGCCGCGCAAAAGUUUCAGCAGCAGCAGCGCGCAUUAUCUCGCCAAAACUCGACGUCAUCCGUGACGGGCCAACCAACGAGUAUGCCCCCAGCCGACGCGAGUUCGAGCUACGGGGACAAACUCAAACAGCUCAAGGCCAAGUACUGGGACGACCUGGUCGUUGUGUGCCGCGAGUUUACGCGCAUGGCCAUGCAAAAGCCAUCGGGCGAGUCGCAGCAAGCGCUGCAGCAGCAGGAACGAAUCAAAAACUUUCUGCAAAACCUCAAGCGCAUCAUGACACUGCUCAACCAAGACCCGACGAAAAUGACGAGUAAUAACCGAGGCGACUUGGACAGAGUCGAGCAGCAUAUUGAGCGCCAAGUGAUGCCGAUCCUGUCGCGGUUGAAAACAGACAAGGCCAAGCAGCGAGAUGACAAGACAGAGCCGACGCCACCCUCGACAAGCCAACCGACGACGACGACGACGGCGGCGGCGGCAGACGUGCAGCGGCAGACGCUGCAAAUGCAACAAGCGCAUGCCGCCCAAGCGCUCGAACUCCAGCGACAGACCCAGCUGGCGACGCAGGUUGGUUGGAUGCCUAGUGAGUCGUCUCGUCGUUUGAUGUGCCCUAGCCGCCUAGGGGGAAAGAUUAGACGACCGAUUGGAUUGAUUGGAUUGCCUUUUGAAUCGAUAUAUAUAUAUAUUUGAUGGCUUGUUACUUAACGAGUAGCAAAAAGCCGCGCAAGAAGCGAUGAUGCUCAAGGCGCAAAAAGCAGAGCAGGUCAAGGUGGAAGCCGAAAAGCAGCAAGCAGCAGCAGCAGCCGCCGCCGCCGACCACGAGCGCAAGGUGAAGGAGGAAGAGAUGGCCAAGAAGGACGACUUGGUCAAGCGGCAGCAGUUGCAAAGCAGCGUCAAGCUGACCGAGGGCCAGAAGCUGGCGCUGCAAGAGCAAGCCGCCAAGUUCAAACUCCAGCAGCAGGAAGUGCUGAGUCAGCAGACCCGAGCCAAAAGCCCCGCGAGCCAAACCAAGCUGGCCCAGCAGGCGCACUUGUACGGCGUGCACAUUGCCAAGAUCGCGCAGCAGCUGCUCCAGGCGAAACUGGCCGAAGAAAAGACGUUCAAGGACGAGUUUGUGUCGAUCGUGGCGACUACCACGGGCCUCUCGGCGUCCGAGACGUUCCUCCACGCCAUCGCCGCGUACGCCAAGGACAAACCCGAGGUGCUGCAGCAAGGCGCGCCCAAGUUUAUGGAGCUCAGCCUCGCCGUCGGCACCAAGCUCUCGACCACGUUUGUGUGACAUCGUCUGUGCUACUAGUACUACUACUAGGACCUACUAGUAACGAAUGCGACGUGGGCGUUUUUUUUUAAAUCUCACAUGUUUGAAAUGUCCA